UGUGGAGUGUUCCAGAAGAUGUGUGAGGUGAGACUCUGUGCCCCUCAGCCCCUCAGCACGUAGGGAGCAGCUUCGUGCCUCAGACUUUAACUUGAGAACUCCCUAGCACCAAGGAGUCAUGGGUUUGUGUCACCUCUCCUGCUUCUUUCCUCGGGGAAAACAAAGAGACUGAAAUUCAGGUUGUAACUCCUGUUCGGCAGUAUAGGCCUGCUGGCUACAGCUCAGGACACACAUCGCAAAGGUGUCUCAGGACCUGGAAGGGGUGGCCCAGACUGUCCCCCCGCCAGGCGGCAAACCUUAGGGGGUGUAACCUAAUCUUGUUCUGUUCUGUUUUGAUUUUUUCUUUUUUUAAGACUGUGUAGUCCUGGCUGUCCUGGACCUAGCUCUGUGGAUCAGGCUGGGCUCAUACUCAAAGAUCUGCUUGCCUCUGCCUCCUAAGUGCUGAGAUUAAAGGUGUGUGCCACCUCCCCCCUCCCAAGUGAGCUAGCUCUUAAUGAAGAUUCACACAGCUUUCAGUGAGAGACUUGUUCAUAGUGAGGGACCUCUGGUCAGCCUUGCUUAGUUUAGUUCUAGAUUUUUCCUUUCAUAGGGCUUAUCUAGAAGUCAGACCUAUGUGAAGAAAGUGCCCCACUUCAGCUGCCAAUGACACUGAAGCAUGGUGUCACACGUCACAGAAACACAUUUCUUAGAUGAAAGAGAAGAUGGUGUGCUUCCAUUGUAAACUGGUUUACAGUACAUUUUUACAUCUUAUUGCAUAAAAGAAGAAGAAAGAAAAAAAAGCACUUUUGUGGUCAUUGGUUGUGUGUCCUGUGGGCUAAUUAAUGUUCCGAUGGCUCUAGGCUACUGUGGGCACAAAGUCUGCAAAGAAACCAAGCAGAGUCUAGCCAUCAUCCCUGACGAGCCUAAUCCAAUUUUCCUUCUGGGUCGAGUUUGCUGAACAUGCCUCCUUGUCCUCAAGACCAAAACUAGACAGAGACACGCCUUGUGAGGCGUGCCCAGGCCUUUCCUUGGAAUCAUGGGUAUUGCCCAGGCCCGUGCUUAUAGACCUGAUAGUGCCCACACUGACCUGCUGGGAACCAGGGCCAGAACAGAGAAUGGGGUGGAAUUUGAGGCACAACAGCUUUGAAAUGACGUUUUUAGGGUAACUGUUAGUGCCUGGUUGAAUUUCAUGUGCCUGAAGAAAUGCCUUCAGGGAUAAAAAUAAUGUCCAUUGUAGACUGAGGGGGUGGGGUGGAGAUAAGUCUAAGACAAACCUCCAACCCACAUCUACCACAGCCCACCUCAGGCUUAGGGUCCCUGCACUGCCCUCGGUGAUCUUUCCAUGAAAAGAUGAGGCUAGUGAGGUGCUAAGCGAUUUUCCAAGGGGGCUCUGUACCUUUUACUACAGCUUAAUAGUUGAAGUGCCGUUCACCCCUGUCCUCUAAAGUCCUGCCGCCAGUUUCCAAGUGCCUAUCUUAGGCAGAAGCCCUCUGUAGACCUUUACCAGCAAGCACAGUCCCUUCCUGGGCUUAUACUGUACCUUGCUUUGUCCCUUUAUUAAGCUUGUCCCGGGGCUGGCUAGAGGACAGGGCGUCACAGCAGCUCCCUGGGGUCUCGGCCUCCCCAGCUCCUCACUCCGAGUCAGCUAUGCUGACCACGAGGAAAUGCUCCCAGGCACCAGAAAGGAAGUUCCUCCCCUGCUAGAGUGCUGGGAUGGAAAAUCUAUUUCCAGUGGAAUCCAGGAGUAGAAGAGAAACAUAAACAAACUCAGAACAUCUACCCUUGUCCAGGGCCCUCCCUCUCCUCAGAUUCCACCUCCCACCCCUGCCGCUGGGAUGGGCUCUUACAGUCAGCCUUCCCAGACUCUGCCACACAUUCCAGGGUUCACAUUCAUAAACACAGCAGUGCCAGCACCUCCCACCUGCCAGUGAGCAGCUGUCCCCAGAGGUACGAGGUAUCCCCCGGCCGUCUACUCUUCAGGGCUGCUGCCCAUCAUCUCCAAGAAUAAACUCCAGCUAGUCGCUGCGUGGAUCUGAGUCAUCUGAGGUCCCAGAGGAGGGGAGUGACUCCCCAGGACGCAGGAGCAGGCUAUAUAAGUUCCCAAGGGUUGGCCUCCACGCAGAUCUUUUCCUGUGGCUACUGCCUGCCAGAGACUUUCCAGCAGAGAGCUUGCUUGGCAUCUACCAUGUCCGAGGUUGGCACUCCUGAAGACCCCAUCAAGAAGAAGCGUCCCCCUGUGAAGGAAGAAGACCUGAAGGGGGCCCGAGGGAACCUGGCCAAGAACCAGGAGAUCAAGUCUAAGACUUACCAGGUCAUGCGGGACUGUGAGCAAGCUGGCUCAGCCGCCCCAUCUGUGUUCAGCCGGAACCGCACAGGCACCGAGACAGUCUUUGAGAAGCCCAAAGAGGGACCUGCCAAGAGCGUCUUUGGCUGAGAAGGGAAAUGGCACCGCACACCUGGAUGCGGGAGCCUUCCCGUGAACUCUAUUUUUUUUUUUUAAAUGCUGGAAGAUGCCUUUCCUCUGCUGCCUCUGGAACCAUCGUGACUCCCACAACCCUAACCCUUGGAAACACCAAUAAGGAGUACGUCCCCAGCCUUAGGACGUCGCCAUGGCCACUACCUGCAGAAGAAGAGAGGGAAGUGUGGAGACAGGGAACAUCCGGGGCCCUGCCUGGUCUCUGAUGUGGGCCAGGGACUGAUGUCUGUGCCUUCAGAACCACUGAGGUGUUCUAGAAAGAGCCUUAGACAUGGAGUCCUGGUCUGGACUUUCUGAUGGAUGUAGACUUGUCUGUUCUUCCUAAAUCUCUGUUUUAGGCUGGAAAGCUGGCACCAUAGCUAAGAAUACUUGCUGUUUCUUUAGAGGACACUGGUUCAGUUCCCAAAUAUCCACAUGGUAGCUCAUAACCAUUUAACUCUGCCACCCUCUUCUGGCCUCUGCGGGCAUUGCAUACAUGUGGUACACCUGUGGUCAAAAUGUGCAUAUACCUAAAAUAAAAAUAAGAGAUGUAAAACUAA